GGAUAAGCUUGUUUUAUUUUCAGACAUACUUGUAUCAACAGAAGUGUCUCAACUCGGUCUUAACUAUAUAAAAGAUAAUUAUAUGCACUAGAAGGAUGAGCAUGUAUAUCGUAGUUCUCCUGGUAUUAGCAUACAUGAUUUCGAAAAGAUUCCUAAAAACACUGAAGAUUGCUCGGAUCUACGACAAAUAUGUAUUUAUUACCGGAUGUGAUAGUGGGUUUGGUAAUUUAUUAGCCAAACGCCUGGAUUACCGUGGUAUGAAUGUGUUCGCUGGAUGUUUAACUGAGGAAGGGAGAGAUAAGCUGGAUAGAUCGACAUCAUGUCGUGUGACUCCAUUGCUUAUUGACAUAACUGAUGAAGAAAGUAUUAAAAAGGCAUGCAUGUUUGUGAAAUCGAGGCUUCCAAAUGGACGAGGAUUACAUGGUUUGGUAAACAAUGCAGGCAUGUAUGACUCAGUUUGUCUGCUCAUAUCAGAAUGGAUUCCCAUCGACGAUUACAAGCGUUUGAUGGAUGUAAACCUGUAUGGGAUGGUGCGUGUGACAAACAGGUUCCUGCCACUGGUGAGAGCGGAGAGAGGGAGAAUCGUUAACAUGGCCAGUGUUACUGGCAGGCUACUUGCGACAGGCGGUGCACCCUAUGUCUGCUCAAAAUUUGCAGUAGAGGGAUACUCGGACACCUUAAGACAGGAAUAUUACACAGCCGGUAUUCAGAUCAGCAUUAUAGAGCCCAGCGCUUACAAAACAAACGUGCUCGAUGUUGAAGGAUUUAAAGAAAAACUACGGCAAUAUUUUAAACGCCUGGACGAAGAUAUCAUCGAAUAUUAUGGAAAGGAUUACCCUGAAAUAAUUAUAAACAAUAUGAAGGUAGAUCGCUGGUUCUCUAGCCGACUCUACCAGGUGGUAGACGCUUACGAACAUGCUCUAACAUCCAAGUACCCAGAGGGUCGAUAUGUGGUCGGUAAGGAUAGUAACACAUUCAUGUGGUUACUGCACCUUGCGCCUGAAUGGUUGUCUGCAAAAAUUGUGGGAACUCUCACAUGGCCGCUACCGAAGGGACUACGAAAAACGUAGAUACGGAUUCUCGGUAGUAACUUAAUCUGUUAAAAUCAUAGGAAAUCUUCAGAAAAUCUUCAUGAAAUAUAAUCAUCCAACAGCUUGCUCGUUGUAUCUAUCAAUCUACUUUGAUCAGGUAGCACACAUUUUCCUGACGUCAGAAAUACACUUAAUUUAAUGACGUCAGACAAAAUGACAUUAUUCAGUGAAAACGUCACGAAAAUUGCUAUUCACCACACUACCAUGAAAAAAAAAUUCGGGAAUUACUUGGUGAUUAUGAUCUUAUUGGUUUUUGUUUGGUGAAGCUCUAGAGUUUUGAAGCCAACCACAGUAUGCAACAUCCACCAAAAAGAUAUUCAGGCCAAAUUCGAAAAUGUAUUGAUCUAUCUCCAAUAUAAAUUUUGAUUUACGUUUGCAAAAUUGCAUUUAGUUUGUUUUAAUUCGCAUGUUUUCAAUAAUUUUUUAAAUCUAUAUGGCACAAAAAGUCAUUAUGUCAAAUUAACUUUCAGCACAAACUGUAGUUCUAGCAUUUAACGUAUUUGGUUUUGUCCUAGUCUUAAGAUAAGUAAUUAUCCAUGUGACUGUGUGAUUGAGUGCAGAUAUCCUUUACCAUGCGUUAUUAUUUAGACCUGCUGAUAAGCUGGUAUUUGUCCUUGGGUAUAUUAUCUGUUUAUCAUUGAACUAGACAGUAAACAGUGAUAAGAUACAUAUUCGUGUGCCUCGUCUGGUCUGUCUUACGUCGAAAAGCGGAAAGAAGAAAUGAGAUCGUGAUAUAUAUGUCAAAUUGUCAAUGUUUUAAAAGAUAACUUACUUUUUUAAUGAUCUGCUGUGAUUGUCCGUUCAGGAAAUAAUGCAUAAUGAAAACGGAUUUCAUAUAUAUCAGGUAUUUUUUUUUAUUUAAAAUUGUUUACUGAGUUUGUCACCCCUGAACUAUAGUCAUGAUGAGGCGGAGUCUCAUUGUAGUAGUUAGUGACUACUGAAAUAUAUACGGGAGGUCCCGUAGCAUGCCACCCACAACAGUUAGGGUAAAGUGUCUUGCCAAAUGACACAACCAUGACAACACUGGUCAGUUUCUCGGCUUCCCGAGGAACACAAACCGACACGGUAUGGACCAUCGAACAUCGCACUUCGAAUCUUCACCUGAGAUUACGUGGCUGGUAUUCUAACCGACGGGGCUAUUGCGGUCCCUUUCUUGUUUAAAAAGCUACUCUUAACUUUAGUAUUACAUCUCAUCCAACACGAUUUUAUUUCAUGGAAAUUAUAAUGAUACCGUCUAAACAAUUGUAAAAUGAAAUGUGAUCUUUAUAUGUUAGAAUGCGAAAUGAAUAAACGGCAAUAGUUUCA